UGCUAAAGCCUAAAAUUCAAAUAUUAAUAUGAUAUUUUAUCUAGCCUGGCGUUAUUGGUAAUGCCACGUGGACGAAACCCAGAAGGCUAGUCUAUAUAAUGAUCAUCAUUUAUGGCACAUUACUCCAUCAUCAGCUAGGUAUUGAGAGAGAAUGAGAAGAUUACAAAGGAUGGUGUUUUCUCCUCUAGUGGUUGUUGCAUUAAGCUUGUUUACUGUAGCAAUUGUGGAGGCAGCGGUGACUCUGCAACCGCCGGUGAAGCUGAAGUGGCAAUAUUACAAGAGGAACACCACGUGCCCUGAGGCAGAGGUGUAUAUAAGACACCAAGUAGAGUUGUUUUGGCAAAAGGAUAAGUCCAUUACCCCAAAGCUUCUCCGCCUGCUCUACUCAGAUUGCUUUGUAUCUGGCUGCGAUGCAUCAAUUCUUCUUGAUGGACCAAAUUCAGAGAAAACUGCACCACAAAACCGGGGACUCGGUGGAUUUGCACUCAUAGACAAGAUCAAAGAGGUUCUUGAAGAACGGUGCCCUGGAGUCGUCUCUUGCGCUGAUAUUCUUAACCUAGCAACCAGAGAUGCUGUUCAUUUGGCGGGUGCACCAUCUUAUCCUUUAUAUACAGGUAGAAGAGAUGGAAUGACAUCAAGUGCUGCAUCGGUAGACCUCCCAUCACCGUCCAUCCCAUUGUCAGAGGCAUUGGCAUACUUCAAAUCUAAAGGCUUAGAUGUGCUGGAUUUUGCAACCCUCUUAGGGGCACAUUCACUGGGCAAAACCCACUGUCGCUAUAUCGAGGACCGGUUGUACAAUUUCAAUAAUACAGGAAAGCCAGACCCAUACAUGGACCCAGCAUUUGCUGCUGAAAUGAGAAAGCUAUGUCCACCCAGAACCAAAAAGAGCCAAUCUGAUCCUCUGGUGUUUCUAAACCCUGAUUCUGGCUCUAACUACAUAUUCACAGAGACUUUCUACAAGAGGGUUUUGUCCUACAAAUCUCUCCUUGGUGUUGACCAGCAGCUGCUAUUCAGUAAUGACACACUAGAGAUAACACAAGAAUUUGCUGCUGGUUUUGAAGACUUGAGGAAGUCAUUUGCUCUAUCAAUGAAUCGGAUGGGAAACAUCAAUGUUCUAACGGGAAAUGCAGGAGAGAUACGCCGAAAUUGCUCGGUUGUAAACAAGAAAUAACAGAAUAACACCUAAUAUAUUAUCUUUAUAA